UCGGUUUUUGCCAGGGCCACGGCCUCCUGAGAAAGCAGGUCUUUUGCCCCCAUUCAGUCAACUCCAAGAUACGGGAGGAGAAUGUAUAACUUCGUCGGGUACUUGGCUGUUGCUUAUUUCAAGCUGCAUUUUGAGGAACCCAAGACCCGCCUCCACGCAUUCUUAAAAGCAGCUGCUGCUUUGUACCCUCCACCCCUUUAAGAUUGGAAUUUCAUCUGGAGCACCGAGUCAAUCGGUCUAGGUCGCCGUUGAUGGUGUUACUUCAAUCCUAAUCGUUGAAGGUGGUUCCUGAAGCAAGAACCCUACAUGGGAUAAGAUGGGCAACACCAGGGUGAUAUAUGAGAAAGUUUAUGAACAGUGGUUGCAUUCAGAUUUAACAGAACUAGCAUCGUGUUGUCUUCCAUUUGGAUUGGUUCAAAAGAGAAACACAAUGCUAAAUGGUCAGUUUGUUUUACAGGUCAAUCAGAUACGAGAUGUUGGCCACCCUGCAUAUGUGCAGUUACAAAAGUUACGCAAAACUGAAGGGGGAAAUGCAGCAAUAUCAGCUGACAAGCAGUAUCAACCACUAUGGGAGCCUAAACCAUCAAGGAUGCUCUUCAUGCAAAUGACUGAUGGCACAUCUGUUGUUCAAGGAAUGGAAUAUAGGUUUAUUCCACAUCUUAACGUAAAUGUCAAACCAGGCACCAAGGUACUAGUUUCCGGUGCUGUCAAGUGCAGGCGUGGGGUACUGUUGCUGACUAGGGACAAUAUCACUAUUUUAGGAGGUGCUACAGAGUCCUUGAGUAUUACUAAUGCAGUAGAAAACGUCCUUGCUCGUACUUUAGGUGUUGAGGAAACGGAUGAACCACAUGAACUGUUGGAAAUUGAAGCAACACAGGUCCCUCAAAGUCAGAUGUCUCAGUAUUAUCCUUCUCAAGUUAACAGGGUACCACCAAGGUCACAAAACCUGCCAAAUGUUGCAAGUGGACAAGUUGGAGGAAGAAUGGCAUCCUCAGUGAAUAGACAACAGAACUCUGUCUUGGCACCACCGCCUCUUGUAAUGGAUGACUUAGAUGAUGAUUUCCUUGAUUCUGAUUUAGAAGCUGCCCUAAAUCAAAUUGAAUCACAGGCAGGUUCUUCUUUAUCUAGCAGCAAUUCUAAUAAUCCUUUGAGUGGUUCUAAAAAUCUUCACUCUCUGAACAGUAAGAAAGUUUCAAAUAACAGCAUAAAUAAUAAAAUGGUGAAUAAUGGUGUAAAGCCUGGAAACAGUAGGUCAAAUGCUAGUCAAGAUAAAAAAUCUUUGGGAAAUUCAGACAUGGAUAUGGAAAUAUGUGAAGAAUUUUUUAAUGAUGAUUUUGAUGAUGAACUAUUACUUUCUGCUGAAAGUUCAGUUCAAGUGAAGUCAGUGCAGCUAUCAUCUGCUCAGCCAAGAAAAACUAUUGCUGGACUGUCAUCAACCACAGUCAAACCAUCUAAUAGUUCCUUAGCAGUAACCAGCUCAAAACCCACAAGACCCCCACCGUUGUUUGGCAACCAGAAAAAUUUCUCUGUGACUAACAAGGCUACUCCUGUUAGAGCUGUUGCCCCUCAGAAACUUGGUAAAGUAAGCCCUUUAACGUCAUCCUUAUCAAAGAGUUCAAAUUCACUCCAAGCUAAGCAGACUUGUCUUACAAAUUUUCUGACAAAAGUUCCUGGAAAUCAGGAAAAUAAAGUACCUGCAAACAAUCAAAGCAGUAAUAUUUUAAACAUUGAUGAAAUGGAGAGUGAGUUUGCCCAGCCAUUUGAAGAAGAAAUUGGCAUGAAUAAGAAACGUAUGAAGACAACAGAGAAAAAGGAUUCACCAACUCAUCUUGUAACAAAAGCUCCAUUCACAUAUCUCUACUUUCUACCAGAAAGUCCCACUGAAAUGCAGGAAUACAUUGUGAAGGGAUUUAUUAUGACCCUUAUAUCAAAGCUUGAAGUUACCAUUGGUAAUUGGAGACUCACAGCUGUGAUCAAUGAUGGAUCUGCGUCACAUGAAGUUGAUAUUGAUAACAAGAUCCUGUGUCACUUGAUAGGAAUGACGUGCAGCGAGUUCCAAAUCAAGAAGAAAGAAGCCCGAUUUAAUCCUGUUCUUCAGCAACAGCUAAGUAAAAGUGUAGGAAGCUGCCAGCAGAAAUUGAUUUCGUUGUGUUGCCUUCUAAGACUACAGUUAUUACCAGGAUGUCUUGCAUGUGUGGACCAGGGCCAUGGAAAGAACAUUGCGGAUUUCACGGAGAAACCCAAGGAGCCCUGGAUGGACAGAAUGUACCUCUUCAUCUCAUACUGGGUCCAUCAUUAUAACACUGUUAUAAAAACAUUGAGCACAAGCUGCUCAUACCGAGUUGAUGGAUGGAUCCCUUAAGGUCCUACUCAUAUGUAUGUAGCUAGUGAACUGCAGUGUCACAACGCUUCAAUUACUAGAUCACCUUUCAACAAAGGUAAUCCAUCUAAAAGAUAAUGAUUUGUAUAGGGACAAAGUGGCUUUCAAGGAGACUAUUAAAAUAUCUGUGG